AUGACCAGUUCCUUUCCACCCGGAAGCGGCCAUAACGCGGUGGAGAUUGGCAAAACGUACUGCGUCAGCCAACAUGGUACCAAGAAGGUAUUGACACAAGCCAACGGCUCCGCGGGCCUGACUUGGAAGGACUAUACCGGUAGUUCCGACCAGAAGUGGAAGUGCGUCACGGAAGAGAAGAACCAGCUGCGCUUCCAGAACGAAGCCACCAAUGCAUACUUGUGUAGGAACGAGAACAGCAAACUCUCAGCGUACACAAAGGAGGAUAUUGGCGACGCAGUAACCAAAGCACACUUUCAAGUCGGCCGCCAUACCCGCGGUGGCUCCUUCUUGAGCCAAGUUAUCAACGACGAGUUGUUCUUCUUGACACGACCCACAGAAAGCGCUGAGGCGUUCGUGCAGAUGGACUCUUCCGUGCAGAUGGACCCUUCUACGAUCACCCAACUCGGCAUCCAUCUGGUCGAGGAGGCACUGUCGCCGCUUAGGCGCUUCGGGUGGGUGAUUCAGGGCUUGCUCGCGCGCUCCUCGGCGCCGUACUACGUCUCACAGGACUCGGACCAGAACAUGGACGCAGCUGCAACCAGCCAGUUGAUCGCUGAGGGCGUCAAGGACAUCAUCAGCCUGAACGAGGUCGAGCUGGGGGCGGAGGUCGUCCAGGCGCUCUUGGAAAAGGGCAUAUCGUACUUGUGGUCCCCCAUCAAGGACUUUGGAGCGCCGACGGAGGACGGCUGGAAGAGCAUCAAGGAGCGGUAUCAGAAGAACAAGGCCGAGAACAAACCGACGCUAGUUUACUGCGGGUAUGGUCACGGGAGGACGGGCACCAUCAUUUCCGCACUCUAG